AUGCGUCUCUUCCUGAUCCCGAUCUCGACGGGCCGUACGCUCAUCUACUGCAAGAAGGUCGACGCUGCGGUGCCGGCCAAGCAGCUGAGCUACCUCGAUCGCAUCACGAACAAGGCGACGGCGACCUGGGCGAAGUGGGAGGCUGCAGAGAAGGGCUGGCAGAAGACGCUGGUCACCUACGGCCACCGGGCGCUGCAGCGGAUUCCCUACGAGGAAUGGGGGCUCAAGAGCGUGCCGCCGUUGAGCUCGCGGCGGGAGAUGGAGGAGCUGCAGGCGCGCAAGCCGGUGGAGCUGCUGUACCCCAAGAAUGCGAUCAAGACGAGCAGGGUGAUGGGCCUGCUGGAGCAGCUGGCAACGGAGAGACAGCAGCUGCAUCGGAAGCGCAUGUGGUGGAGCAUCGUCGUUGCGCCCUUGACGGCUCCCUUUGCCCUGGUGCCGAUUAUACCUAAUAUACCCUUUUUCUUCUUCUGCUACCGCGGCUGGUCGCACUGGAGAGCACUGGGAGGCUCGAGGCACCUGGAGUUUCUGCUAAAAGAGAAUCUGAUCCAACCUAGAUCAUUGACAGACCUGGAGAACGUCUAUCUACGGCACUUCCCUCGCAGGGACGGGGUGGAAGAUACGAUGGUUGAUGAGAAGAAGGAAGAGAAGAAAGAUGCGCCUGGCUGUGAAGACGGCCACUGCGCCGAGGAGGUGAUGCUGCUCAAGGACACCGACGGCAAGGCCCUGGCCAAGAUGCUGGAUGCCCCUGAGCUCGUUGCCGAGGUCGAACGAGCCGUCCAUCAGGUUCAACAGCAGCUGGACCAGAAAAAGCAGUCCUAA